AUGGCUCCUUUUGAUCUAGACGCGUGUAUUCAGCAGUUACUACGAAAACAACUACUACACGAAGUCCUACUGCGAGAAAUAUGCGAGAAAACAAAGGAGGUCCUUAUGCGCGAGUCUAAUGUCGUUCAUGUUAGCGCACCGGUGACUGUGGUCGGUGAUAUUCAUGGCCAAUUCUACGACUUGAUAGAGAUAUUUCGUAUAGGAGGAUACGCACCGAACACAAAUUACCUGUUUCUCGGCGACUACGUGGAUCGUGGUUUAUUCAGCGUUGAAACAAUAUCCCUAUUAACAUGUCUCAAGCUUCGGUAUCCAGAUCGAGUGCAACUCAUCAGGGGGAACCACGAAUCGAGAGCAGUCACACAAACGUAUGGAUUCUACACGGAAUGCGUUCGGAAAUAUGGUUCCUCUCAUGUCUGGACUUACUUCACGGACAUGUUCGAUUUUCUGACGUUGUCGGUUGUUAUUGACGAUCGGAUAUUUUGUGUUCAUGGAGGCCUUUCGCCUUCGAUACAUUCCAUUGAUCAAAUUAAGGUGGUAGAUAGAUUUAGAGAAAUUCCUCAUGAAGGCCCAAUGGCAGACCUGGUAUGGUCGGAUCCAGAUCCAGAGAAAGAGGACUUUGCUAUCUCUCCAAGAGGUGCUGGAUAUACAUUUGGAUCUGGAGUGGUAUACAAGUUUCUAGAUCAAAACAACAUGUCGCAUAUCCUUCGUGCCCAUCAGCUUUGUAUGGAAGGGUAUUCUUCACUGUUCGACAAACACCUUUCGACUGUAUGGUCGGCUCCGAAUUAUUGUUACCGCUGUGGUAACUCUGCGAGCAUACUUGAAGUCGGCCCAGGUGGUUCGAUGUACUUUAACGUCUUUGAUGCUGCUCCUGAAAAUGACAGAGAUGGACCCAAUCAACAGGCUGCCCAAAAUGCAGCAGGGAAGCUCCCGGAAUAUUUUUUGUAA